AUGGAGGAGAGCUUGACUGAAUCGACCGUCCUGGUGGACAUUGCGCCCUCAGCGCCUCAGCCUGCCAAAGCGGUCGAGAUGGAGGACGAGAAGCCGUCCUCUACGCCAUCAGCCAUAGAUUCUACCAUCCUGCGACUGAACAAAUUCAUCUCCAGCGCCCAUGGGACAGAACGAGCUUUCGCAACAGUCGGAUACUCUGCGCAUAUCCUCCACUACGCCCUCACUCAUUCGCGCAGACUGAAUCAUCUCGCUCUCUCUGCCCUUGGUAGAAAGACGCCGUCAUCAGCAUCAUCAGCAGCAUCAUCAUCUUCUUCCGCAUCCUCUGCUCACCCACAUCUUCUCGCACUCGCAUCUCUCGUUUCUGAAACACGCACUUCGCUAAGGCUGCUCGGCCUCAUACCGCUCUGGGCAUGGGGCUCGUCUAUAUGUAAAUCACCCCCCGCAGACCCUGUCCUGCGAGCCAUUGCGUAUGGCCAAGUGAUAUCCUGCGUUCUCUUCCAGUUUCUCGAGAACGUUGCCUUCCUGGCUUCCAAGGGGGUCCUUAGCAAGCGGGCGGUGGAAAGAUGGGGCAGUCUAUCCAAGUGGUCUCUCUGGAGCAUAAGGGCAUGGCUGACGCAUAUCCUGCUUGAACUUGUCAAGCUUGUGAGGGAGAGUCAGAUUGCGGCUCAGGAGCAGAGGAGAGGGAGGGAUGAUGCUGCAUCGGCUGCUGAGAAGGGGGUCAAGCAGAAGGGCAAGGAAGAGGCUGCAAAGAUUGCGCUGAAGGCAAAGGCGUGGAAUCAGAGACUGGUGAACAGUCUUGCCUGGCUGCCGCUGUGUCUGCACUGGAGUGUUGACGGUGGAAUCGGUGUCCCUGCGAGCCUGGUAGGCGUGCUCAGUCUGACGGCUGGUGCAUGGGGGAUUCAUGACUUAUGGCUUGCUACUUGA